CAAAAUAAAAGCAAAGAAAGAAAGGGAUCCAUCUGUAAGCUUUGUUAUCACUGGGCUUUAAGGAAUAAACAGAUAGAACAAUGGAUCAUCCAUACACAGGAGGAAGCUGGACGAUGAUACCCAACGUGCCAUCCCACAGUAGCUCUCCGGCUACUCACUCAAAUCAAGAUCAGUUUUAUCUCCAUCCACAAUCACAGCUACAAUCACAACAAUUUAAUCAAUUCCAACAACAACAGCAGCAGCAGAAUCAGCAGCAACAAUUUCAACAGCAGCAGCGUUUAAUUCAACAGCAACAGCAACAGCAGCAGAAUCAGCAUCACCAAUCACUCGCCUCCCAUUUUCACCUUUUACAUCUGGUGGAGAACUUAGCUGAAGUUAUUGAUAAUGGAAGUCGGGAUCAGCACUCUGAUGCUCUGAUUACUGAGUUGAACAAUCAGUUUGAGAAGUGUCAGCAGCUAUUGAAUUCUAUUUCCAGUUCUAUUAACACCAAAGCUAUGACUGUAGAGGGACAGAAGCGAAAGUUGGAAGAUAGUGAGCAAUUGUUGAAUCAAAGAAGGGAUCUCAUUAGCAAGUACAGAAACUCUGUUGAAGAGCUUCUCAAGUCGGACCCAUGACUAAUGGUCGCGACACAUGGGUAAGAAAACUUAGAUCUAAAUCCAGUGUAGGCUUAGUACCUUCUGAGUUGAACCAAUUUACUUACUUGAGAAACAGAGUUGCCUAAUUCUUUUUGUUGAAAUAGGAACUCUUUGGAAACUGGCUUAAGCCUUGUAAUUGAUUUUCGAGUUUGAGGAUUACACAAGAUGUUGCUGAUCAAGUGUUGUUAGUAAUAUAUUCUUCCUCUGUGUGCAUCA